CUCAAUUUCAAAGCCAUGCAUUGCUUGUGGAAGGGAUGCAAGUUCAUCUCCUCUCAAUCUUCCUCUACCUUUCAAAAUCUUCAAUUCCUUUCCUUCUCUUCAUUUCUUCAAAUCAAAUCAUUCUCUCCCUCCGCUGCAUCUCACUCUCUCUGCUUCUCUCCCUCCUUCUUAAUCUCUCAGGUAUUUAAAUACGCCACCACCCACAAAGCCGCCCAACAAAUUCGCUCUUUCAUCAUCGCUUCCGGGUUACUUCUCAAUGCCACCACCAAUUUCAUUCUUCUAUGCAACACACUACUCCACUGUUACCCACUCUACCAGCCCCUUCGCCAAUUUCCUCGCAUUCCCCCCUCCUAUGAUACUUUCGCCUAUUCCUUCCUUUUCCAUUCCUGCGCCGAUUUGGAGCUCAUCGGACCUGGGUUUCAACUCCACGCUCUCACUUUCAAGCUAGGCUUUCCUUCCCAUGUUUAUGUUCAAACUGCAAUUCUACGUAUGUAUGCUUCUUCUGGUUUUUUGCUUGAUGCUCUGAAGGUGUUCGACGAAAUGCCUGACCGAAGCUCUGUUACUUGGAAUGUGUUGAUUACUGGUUUGGUUAAAUUGGGUGAGCUUAGACGCGCUCGGGAAGUUUUUGAUCAGAUGCCGAUGCAGAAUGUUGUGUCUUGGACUGCUAUAAUUGAUGGGUAUACUCGUUUAAAUAGGCAUGAAGAAGCUGCGGGUUUGUUUUGGAGAAUGGUGGCCCAUUAUGGUAUGGAGCCUACUGAAAUAACGCUUUUAACUAUCUUCCCUUCCAUUUCGAAUCUUGGGGCUCUUAAGAUUUGUCAAUCUGUUCAUGCUUACGCAGAGAAGAAAGGGUUUAAGGUAUCUGACGUACGCGUUGCUAAUUCAUUGAUUGAUUGUUAUGCGAAAUGUGGUUGUAUUAAUAGUGCAUCAAAGGUGUUCGAAGAAAUGUCAGCUGAAAGGAAGAAUUUGGUGUCUUGGACCUCGAUAAUCUCUGGAUUCACAAUGCAUGGAAUGGGAAAAGAAGCUAUGGAGAGUUUUGAAAUUAUGGUGAAAGAAGGACACGAGCCGAAUCGGGUCACGUUCUUGAGCAUUGUAAGUGCUUGCAGCCAUGGAGGACUGGUUGAGGAAGGUUUAGAGUUUUUCAAAAAGAUGGUUGCUGAGUAUCAGAUUAAGCCAGAUAUCAUGCACUACGGGAGUUUAAUUGACAUGUUGGGAAGAGCUGGGAGGAUAGAAGAAGCUGAAAAAAUAGCUUUGGAGAUACCUAAGGAGAUUGCCAAUGUUGUUAUUUGGAGAACGCUUUUAGGUGCUUGUAGUUUUCAUGGUAAUGUAUCAAUGGCCGAGAGAGUAACACAGAGGAUAUUAAACAUGGAGGGAGCAUAUGGAGGUGAUUAUGUGCUCAUGUCUAACAUUUUUGCUGCAGCUGGAAAGUAUGGAGAUGCUGAGAGAUGGAGAAGAUCGAUGGAUUCUAGCAAUUUCUCCAAAAUUCCAGGACAGAGCUUGGUCUAAAGUUGAUACAUUUGUUGGGAAAAGAAAAUUGACCUAUAAACUUCACCAAUUCUAGUCGAAUUCACUUGCUAAGUUAUUUCAGUUUUGAGUAUGAACUGAAGCACAUAGAUUUUCUUCUAGUGCUCAAAUUGGGUUUGGCAAGGAUUUUUGAUAUGAAUGAGGCUGUAUUGCAAUACAGGAAGACGGAUUAUCGAGGAAGCUACGAAUCAGUAUGAAAAUGGAUCUGCUACAAGCACGGAACGUACCUCUUGGACUUGAAAAAUUAUCGGUUAUUGCACAUAAUUUUGAGGCUGGCCAAGGAAGGAAUGAAGAUGAAGCUUGGAGGGAGACAAGGCCAUCUUUUACUUUAAAUUCUGCUGGAACCUUACGAUUAAAUGGCAUCAUAUCUGUUGUUUUUUUUUUUCUUAUUUCUCAUUCAAUUCUUCCAAUAUUCUUUUAUUUUUUUAGGGCACAAAUUCGACCAAGAGCCCCCAAAAAGAGGUCAUACGUUCCUAAUUCAUGUACAAAUUUCCCUUUCUAUUUUUUCA